CUACCACCCAUCUCAACUACUUCCAUUCCCAACAAAUUCUCAAUUUAAGAACACUUUGGUACCAGGGAAAAAAACAGAAGUUGGAGCAUAGAUUACUCAGACAUGGCUUUACAAGAUAACUUGGUACAAAUUCCCCGAUUGAAACUGGGUACCCAAGGACUUGAGGUUUCCAAGUUGGGUUUCGGAUGCAUGGGUUUAACCGGAAUCUACAACUCACCUCUCCCCGAGGAUGAAGUUAUAUCAAUCAUUACUUAUGCCUUUUCUAAAGGAAUCACUUUCUUCGAUACUGCUGAUGUUUACGGAGCUCAUACCAAUGAAGUUUUGGUUGGCAAGGCCUUAAACCAAUUACCAAGGGAGAAAAUUCAAUUGGCGACUAAGUUCGGUAUCGCGGGGAUGACAUCUACUGGUAUGAUUGUGAAAGGUAGCCCCGAGUAUGUGCGGUCGUGCUGUGAGGCAAGCUUGAAGCGUCUUGAUGUCGAUUACAUUGAUCUCUAUUAUCAGCAUCGGGCGGACACUGCAGUACCUAUAGAAGAAACCAUGGGUGAACUUAAGAAACUGGUUGAUGAAGGAAAGAUCAAGUACAUUGGAUUAUCCGAAUCCAGUCCUGAUACUAUAAGGAGGGCGCAUGCAGUUCAUCCCAUCACGGCAGUCCAAAUGGAGUGGUCGCUUUGGACUCGUGAUAUCGAGGAUGAGAUUGUCCCUCUUUGCAGGGAUCUCGGUAUCGCUAUAGUUCCUUAUAGUCCCCUCGGUCGCGGAUUCUUCGGUGGUAGAGCAGUAGUGGAGAGUUUACCUGCUGGAACUUUCUUGGCUUCACAUCCCCGGUUUCAAGGAGAAAACCUGGACAAGAACAAGAACAUUUAUGCUCGAAUUGAGGAUCUGGCAAAGAAGCACCGAUGCACUCCGGCUCAACUAGCAUUGGCAUGGAUUCUCCAACAAGGGGAUGAUGUUGUUCCGAUUCCUGGAACAACGAAGAUUAAGAACUUGGAUCAGAAUAUUGGCUCGUUGAGAGUGAAACUCACUGCUGACGAUUUAAAAGAAAUUGCUGAUGCAGUCCCGAUCGAAGAGGUCGCAGGCGACCGAAACUACGAUAGCAUGAGGAAAGCUUCAUGGAAAUUUGCAGACACACCAGCGAAAGAUGUUGGGGUUUCAACUUUCAACACAGACAGUUAACGGAUAAGGCCUGUUCUUGAGAUGUUUGUUUCAUCAGUUUGUUUGUCUCUGUUCUUCUUUGAACUUCAACAAUUUAAUUACUAAGUUUUCGAUUUCGGUUUCAUACAUUGAC